CGAUGACAGAACUACGCAUGCGGGAUACAACAAGACAAUCUCAAGAUCGUGUUGACAAGUCAGAAGAAACUUAUUUCUGAGAUAGAAGCGGAGAUCAGUCUCCAAGAUGAACGUGGGCACGGCCACCAGUGAACAAAACCCCACCCACUCCUAUCUGAACAGCAAAGGAAUGUGGCUGACAUACAUCCUACUGAUUUCUGUUCUUCACUUUUUAUUGCUCAGCUUUCCCUUCUUCACUGUGGCCUGGGUUUGGACAUGCACGAAUGUCAUACACAACAUAAUCAUGUUCUUCACACUGCACAUCACAAAGGGUACUCCUUGGGAGACGUCAGAUCAGGGCAAGGAGAGGUUUAUGACGCAGUGGGAGCAGAUUGAUUACGGGCAGCAUUUUACAGCAACCAAAAAGUUUUUCACUCUUGUGCCAAUAGUUUUAUUUUUCCUGGCCAGUUUCUACACAAAGUACGAAGCGACACAUUUCGUCAUCAAUGCAUCAGUUCUUGCUCUCAAUAUCAUUCCUAAGCUCCCUCAGCUCUACGGUGUGCGUUUAUUUGACAUAAAUAAGUACUGAAUGCAUGGACUUCUAUUCAUCAUCAUCAUUAUUAUUUUUUUGUAUUAUUAUUUGUAUUAUUAUUGUUAUUAUGAUGAUUGACCUACUGUUACUUCAAAAGGUUCAGUAGAUUGUGAUGCUACACUGGAGUAGCUCUGGCAAUUUUUCUCUUAGCCAAAUCACUACUUUUUCAUCACUUUUUUCUCCAAAUGGUUGAAAUUUGACUAAAAUAAGUCAAAUCA